GGACGAAGAGGAAACCUUUUCAUCACACGAGCUUCAUGACGCAAAAUCCUCGCGAUUGUUUCCAAAGCCUCCUCUCCUCAUAAUGCCGCCUCCAUCAACUCCUGAUUGAAAAUGAUGGCGUUCUGAUGGCCUGCUUGUGUUCCCUGAAUGAUGUGUCUCUUCAUCAAGUUGUUGUCAACUGGUAGUGCCGUGAUGUGGGAGGGAGAGCGAGACGGCAAGAUAUGGAGAGGAAUAAAGGAGAGGAGGAGAAAAGAGAUGGGGAGGGAGGCUGCAAAUGGCAGCUUCUGUGACACCACAUGAAGCAGGGAGAGAGAGAGAGGGAGGAGAGGGGAGAACAGCAGUCCUGCUAGAUCAGAUUGCAAAAGAUUGAUAGAGAGAGCUGUUCAGAGGCAGCUUUUUUUUAAUGCAAAGGACAAAGUUGUUGGAAAAUAAAAGCUUGAACGCGAGAACUGAAGAAACAGCCAGAAAACAUGGAGAUACUUAAGCCUUUGCUGGGAAAGCUCUAAUUAUAAAAGCUCCACACCUGUUUGCAAGCUUGGCAGCACGGCACUUUGGUUCUGAUGGGAUUUCUCUGGAUCAGAACCGCUUGACCAAAAAAAAAAAAAGAAAAUCUCCUGAGAUCUGGCAAGAAUGAAGAAAUUCAGAGGACUGUGCUUUGAUCUGAAGAUGAUGAAGAGGGUUCCUUCUGGACUCGAGGAGUAGCUGUAGUGACCAAGACAAAAAAAAAAAUGUCUCAGUUUGGUUAACAAAAGGACACAGAAGACGCCGACGUAGAGCUGUCCAGGCUGGAUCACGACCGGUGAAGGGUCCAGAUCAGACAGGCAAACACACAGCGUGGAUUCGACCAGGCGAUAAGAGCUAUCUGCACCCAAAGGGACCUCGGUCCAGCUCCCGUGAGGAAAACUCUUUGACCCCCAGGACUGAGCAUGCAGCCCACUGGGGCUGGAUUCAUGCACAGAGCUCCGUCUCUGCUCCCUAAAUGACUCACUAAAAAGCUGCCUAGCCGGAGAUCAAGCUGUGAGGGGGCCUUGAUCGCACACUAGGACUCUGGGCCUGCCCUUCUGCUCAGACUCUGCAGCUGGAGGCCAAGUCAGGAGCAUGAGCGUGGGAAGGAUCAAUCGCUACAGCAUUGUGUCAUCCGAAGAAGAGGGCCUCCGCCUCACUACCAUGCAUGGCAUGAACGGCUUUGGCAAUGGCAAGAUCCACACACGCCGCAAGUGCCGCAACCGCUUUGUGAAGAAGAAUGGCCAGUGCAAUGUGCAGUUUGCUAACAUGGAUGAUAAGUCACAGCGCUACAUGGCUGACAUCUUCACCACGUGUGUCGACAUUCGCUGGCGAUGGAUGCUGGUGGUCUUCACCCUUGUUUUUGUCGUCUCAUGGCUGGCCUUUGGCCUGGCCUUUUGGGUGAUUGCGCUGCUUCAUGGAGAUCUGGACAACCCCGCUGGAGACGAUAACUUCACUCCCUGUGUACUACAGGUCAACGGAUUUGUGGCGGCCUUUCUCUUCUCCAUUGAAACGCAGUCCACCAUCGGUUAUGGCUACCGUUGUGUGACAGAAGAGUGCCCCGUGGCUGUCUUCAUGGUGGUCUUUCAGUCUAUAGUGGGCUGCAUCAUUGACUGUUUCAUGAUCGGUGCGAUCAUGGCUAAAAUGGCCAGGCCUAAGAAGCGAGCCCAAACACUCUUGUUUAGCCACAAUGCCGUCAUUGCCAUGCGGGACGGAAAACUGUGUCUCAUGUGGAGAGUUGGGAAUCUUCGCAAGAGCCACAUUGUGGAAGCUCACGUCAGAGCACAGCUCAUCAAACCUCGAAUAACCGACGAGGGGGAAUACAUUCCUCUAGACCAGAUAGACAUUAAUGUAGGAUUUGACAAAGGAUUGGACCGAAUCUUCCUGGUUUCCCCCAUCACGAUUCUCCAUGAGAUAGACGAAGAGAGUCCUCUAUUUGGGAUCAGCAAGCAGGACUUGGAGACGGCAGACUUUGAGAUUGUCGUCAUCCUGGAAGGCAUGGUAGAAGCAACGGCGAUGACGACGCAGGCUCGCAGCUCCUACCUGGCUUCCGAGAUCUUCUGGGGUCACAGAUUUGAGCCGGUCUUGUUCGAGGAGAAAAACGUCUACAAGGUGGAUUAUUCUCACUUUCAUAAAACCUACGAGGUGCCGUCCACUCCACGCUGCAGUGCCAAGGACAUGGUGGAGAACAAGUUCCUAGUACCUAACUCAAACACAUUCUGCUACGAAAACGAGCUGGCUUUCCUAAAUCGGGAUGACGAGGAGGAAGAGGAGGACAUGGGUGGCGGUAGCAGGCCGCUGGCGAAUCUCAGUCCAGACCGGAGCAGCCGACACGAGCUGGAACGCCUACAGGCAACCAGGGCACUGGAUCAAAGGUCAUAUCGCAGAGAGUCCGAAAUAUGACCCCUAAAAAAACUGACCUAGGUAUAAUAACUUUAUCCAGGAGGUAAAAAUGCAGAACAAUGCAAAGUGCCAUAGGAUGACCACUGAGAAACACUAAAUGACGAACACGUGGAAUAAAUGGUGUGCACAGCUUUGAAAAACAUUUAGGAAUGUCUAGAAUCAAGGAAAAGGCCAGAGAAAGACCUUCUUCCUCUAUAGAAACUUGAAUUUUUUUCACAUGGUCAUUUUGAGUUAGGAGUGUUCAAGCUAAUUCAUCAACCUCUUUUGUUUAAACUUUAGGUGUAAAUACCUUUCUUAGAAAAGCUACGUUUGUGUGAAAAAAAUAGAAGCUAUUCUUACCUUGAUUUGCUGUAAAUUUCUGGACCAGCACUCAGCAGCACUUUGAAAAUCCAUGCACUGCAGCAGUCAAGGACAAAGAGACGGGACAAAACAUUUGACUACUGAGGUGAAAAAAACGUAACAUCUGCUUUUUAACAUGGCAGGAUCCUGAAAACUAAAACAAAGAACGAAAAAGCAGAAAAAAUUGCCUCAAAAGUGAAAAGGAAUGUAAUGAACAGAUGCAAUGAAAGUGUAUGAAAGCUCUAUUUAUGACCACUUAAUGCCUCUUAAAAGCCAUUAAUCACAUGGCUAAGCUGCUGACAGAUAUUUCAUGCAAGGAAAAAAAAAGCACAAUUGAUGGACAAUGAUUACAACGAUUCUGUUAAAUGUUCACAUUUAUUCCAACAAAGUUAAUUCAUUAGUUGCAAUUUUGUUCUUACAAUGAAAUGCACCUUACAAAUAGAAAUUUGCCUUAAAAAGGCAUCUAUCAAACUAGUUAUAAGAUGUGUAUGCUGGCAGCCAUGAGCUUUUUUUAAUAUAAAAAUAAACUCAAAAUCAUAAAAAAAUCAAUAUAAUUGUUGUAUAUUUUGUUAGGGAAAGGAAUCUAUGCAUUGUAACAAUAUCAGGGGAUACGAGGUGGUUUUUAGGGAUGAUUUAAUGCAGUAAUAUACAAUCCAAAUUUGGAGCUUAAAAACAAACAAAUUAAUAAUUUCAAAAGUAAAACUUUAAUAUUUCAAAUUUUCAAACAUUUAUUCAAAGGGCCUAUACUAUGCAUUUAAGUAUUUCAGAGUAAACUAUAUCCAUAAAUAUGAUCUUAUAUUAAAUUUGGCACACUAAAGAACAAAUUAUUUAUGAAAUAUUAGUUAUUUUUGUACGUUUUUUACGAUCUCUUUUGUUGCUUGUAGGUUCCGCCUGUUUCAUGACGUUAUCCUACAGCUGGACUCGGCUGCGUGUCUGCGAUUCGCCCGUAAAAACAAACAACAUCCAAACUUUUGCAUAGAUGUAUGUGCACAACAUAUAUCUAGCAGCUGAGCUAGCUAAGCGGCAAAGUUAGUGACUGAGCACCGCUAGCCGAGUGGCGAAGUUUGCGGCUGAUCACCACAAGCCCAGCAGCCAAGUAAGUGGCUGAGCAGCACUAGUCAAGUAGCAACGUUAUUGGCUGAGCACUGCUAUUAAUGAGGCAAAAUUUGUGGCUGAGCACUGCUAGCCAAGCAGCGAAGUUAGCGGUUGAUUCCCGGUAGCCGACUGGCGAAGUUAGCGGCUGAGCAGCGUGAGGUGAGUGGCAAAAUUUGUGGCUGAUCACCGCUAGCCCAGCAGCAAAGUAAGAGGCUGAGCCCCACUAGCCAAGUGGCAAAGUUAGUAGCUGAGUACCGCUAGCCGAGUGGCAAAGUUAGUAGCUGAGUACCGCUAGCCAAGUGGCAAAGUUAGUAGCUGAGUACCGCUAGCCGAGUGGCAAAGUUAGUAGCUGAUACCGCUAGCCGAGUGGCAAAGUUAGGGGCUGAACACCACAAGCUAUGUGGCAAAAUUUGCAGCUGAGCACUGCUAGCCAAGCAGUGAAGUUAGUGGCUGAUCACCUCUAGCCGACUGGCGAAGUUAGCGGCUAAGCAAUGCUAGGUAAUUGGCAAAAUUUGCGGCCAAACACCGCUAGCCGAGCAGCGUAGUUAGCUGUUGAUCACCGGCAUCUGAAUGGCAAAGUUAGCACUAACAUCGCUAGCCCAUCAGCAAAGUAAGUGGCUGAGCACCGCUAGUUGAGUGGCGAAGUUAGCGACUUAGUUCCGCUAUCUGAGCAGUGAAGUUAACAGGCAGAGCACCGGUAUCUGAAUGGCAAAAUUGGGCGUGCAUGUUGGCCUGUAGGCGGUGCUGGCUGCAGAGUCUCUUCCAGAAAGGGGCUGUUCUCACUUUGUGAUGUCAGCUUGUAAGAAUCCAUUUGUUUUUGCGGAUUGGGAGGGGCUGGUGCUCAGAGCGUGGGUUUUUAAAGGAUUACUCAGAAAUGUGUGAACGCAUCAAACUUUUAUAGUGAGGAAUGAACAUUAUAAUACACUGAAAGCCCCAAAAUUUGAUUUUGCAUAGUAUAGGCCCUUGAAAAAAUAAAAUCUAAAACAAACUAAAGAAGCCCCUUGAAGGAAUAAAAAAUAACAAUUUGGUCAAACAGGUCUAAUCUUUAACACCAAUCCUUAAAUUCAAUUUUAAUUUACAUUAGCAUUAGUUAAAACAAAUAUUUUAGUGAUAAAGGAUAUAAUGUGGCUAUUUUUUUUUAUGCCAACAUAAUCUUUUGUCAGAAUUUUUAACCAAAUAUCAACGUUUCAAUAAAAGAUAUACAAUGAAAUGUAUUUAUAAACUAUUUAAAAAAAUUAUUUUCUUUAACCAAAAGUGUGAAAAAUUCAAUUUUUGGAACAGUAAAUUGAUGACUUGAUUGGUUACUGAAUUAAUUAAAUCAAAUAUUUUCAUCCCCAUGACCGUGCGUUUAAGCAGGAACUGGAGAUGGAUGGAUUUCUUCACAACUACCUAAGAAAAGUACCUUCCAAUAAAUUAUUACUAAUAAAAAAAGGACUGAUCAGACAAAAAAGACAAAUAUUUAAAUUCCCAAAGAACCUAAGUCCACAUUUGAUAUCAUGUUUUGCUUCAAACCAAUAAAAAUAGCUAAAUUAUCUUAAUGUGGGGCAGCUUAGUUUGAUACUUGCCCAUAGUUAGGUUAUAGAAAGGCACAAAAUUGUACUUUGUACAGACCAAAAUCAUUGUAUAUCUAAAAAAACGAACAAAAAUAUACUUUUUUUAAACAAAAAAAGAAAAAACAUCAUCAGAUAUAAUAUUUUUUAACAACUCGCUUAUAGAAAAAUCAGUGGAUUUAGGUCAUAACAAAAGCAAUAAACACAAAUUGUACUUUGAUAAUCGUAUUUUUUAAGAAAUUCCUUUACAAAGCAUACAUAUUUAGAAACCCAAAGAGAUUUCUGUAAGAAAACAGUAGAAUAGCAACGUUCUUUGUUGUUGCUCUGUUCUUGAUGUUUAAAGCUUCCAUUGUGCAUUUAUUUUUUCAUCUUAAAUACCAAAGUAAUGGAGUUCAGCUCAGAUUUAAGCUGAUCCUUCCCACUGUAAUCUUCCUAAACUGGUUUAGAUUAUUGAUACACUGCUGAACUGAGAGAUGAACGCAAAUAAAGUUUUAUUUAUUCUUUAAAAACUGUUAGCAGUUGUUCUGAAGAUGACAAAGCAUUGGAAUUUUUUUUAAUCUCCCAACAUUUGAAUGAGUCCCGAUCGUGUUCAAAUUAUGUGUAUUAUUAUUUCAAUUAUUACCUCACUAAGAUGUCAUGUUAGUGUGAGAAGUCACACAUAGAAGAUGAAGGGAAAAUAUUAUGGUGAAAUACAUUAAAAAGCAAAGAAGAUGGUUGUUAUGUUGGUCAAAAUGACUCCUAUUUUCCUGGUUGUCAUUUUACUCUAAUAAUAUAUUUAAGUCUAUGUAUGUUGCUCUUUCAGAACAGUGUAAAAAGUAGUAAAAUGCGUGUAGAGGUUUUAUUUUGACUGACAAAUGAAGCAUCCUUUGACCGAUCCUAAACACUGAAAACGCUCUUUACCUUCUGGGAAGGUUGUCUAAAGUGUGAAAUCUCUUGAUCACAAACUCUUGAGUCAACAGAAAUGCACAGUUCAAUCCUUUCUACGGAGUAUUUUUCUCAGACAUGUUGCUCACUUGAGCCUUUAAACACGAAGCACACAAACAUUUUCAGCAAAAUAUGGAGGUUUGUAAUGUAAAAAGCAAAUUGUGAUGAUUAAAAAGAGUAAAAAGAUUACAGGAAUCUGCCAGGCUGAACAAAACUCGCUUAUUUUUAUACAAAGUUCUUUUUUUUUUUUGAUAGAAUGCAGCAAUCAAUAUUCAUCUGUUUUCACCACAGAUUGAAGGUGAAAUCCAGACGUGAAGAAAGUUUUCUUAUCGGUUGUUUUAGAUUGUUUUGUUUCUGCUCUUUCCUGUCUGCACAUGAUUGAAUACAUAUUUCUCUUAAAGGGAUUAUAGACAGAAAGUAACCUUUGACCUCUGUAGAAGUCUUCCUAUGUCCAGUCAAGUGUCUACUGGGCGUUUGAUUUGCAUUUAUUUAAAUGAAUAAAAUUAAAACAAAACAAUACAGCAAAA